AUGAUGUAUAAUUCUGCUUUAUUCUAUACUACUCUUUUGCCUCAUCUUAAUCAUGUUCUGACUGCUAAUAAUACUGCUGCUUCUGAUCUCCAGACUCGGGAGAUCUUUGGUCUUGGUACUAAAAAUGGGGGGCUUUAUUAUGUCGAUGACGUGACAACUAGUCGGCCUUGGGAGUUGGCUGUGUUUCUAUCAGAUGAUUCAUACUCAAUGCUCCCUAUCAAGGGUGUGCUCCAUGAGACUACUUGCCCUCAAAUACCACAACAGAAUGGGGUCGCUGAAUGUAAAAAUGGACGAAACCGUGGAGUUCCACUUGAUCAUUACUCACCAGAAGACAAAGCAAGAUAUGCUAUUUCCCAUUAUAUGUCUGAUCACAGGUUAUCUCUUGAGUGCAAAGCGUUUGUGACUAGAAUCGAUAGUAUUAAUAUUUCAACCUGUGUUGAUAAGGCAUUUAAUAAUCCAAAGUGGACUGAAGCCGUGAAUACUGAAAUAGAGGCACUGCAGAAAAAUAAUACAUGGGACGAUGUUGAAUUACCAAAAGGAACGAAGCUUAUAGGAUGUAGAUGGGUGUUUACAGUUAAAUAUAAUGCAGAUUGUACUAUGAAGAGAUUUACUGCAGCUAUGAAGAAGUUUGGUUACCAACAGGCCGAUACUGAUCAUACUCUAUUCAUUAAACAUAGGGCUGGGAAGUAUGUCAUGGACCUGCUAGCAGAUAAUGGAAUGCUUGACUGUAAACCAGCUGAUACACCUAUUGUUGAGAAUCAUAAACUUGGGGUUUAUAUGGAUCAGGAUCAUAUGGCUACUGUGAUGCAUAUUUUGAGCUACUUAAAGUCUGCUUCUAGGAGAGGUUUAUUAUUUAAGAAAAAUGGCCACUUGAAUCUAGAAGGUUACACUAACACAGAUUAUGCAGGGAAUAUUACAAAUAGACGUUCUACAUUAGGUUACUUCACCUUUGUUGGCGGUAACCUAGUACAUGACGUAGCAAGAAGCAAAAUGUUGUGUCUCGGUCCUCUGCAGAGUCUGAGUACAGAGGAAUUGCCCAAGGAGUUUGUGAAAUGCUGUGGUUGA